AUUCUCUCCAACAUCCAUCACUGCAGAAAAACUCCAGCAAGAACUUCAGAUCCCUCCACAUCAGACGCAUCGAGCUCCAAGAUGAUGUGGUUCCUCUUCCUGGUUGGUCUGGCUCUGGCUGCUGAGCCUCCUUCAGAUGGACAGGAACUGAAGCUGCUGCGUGGCGGCUGUCCCUUGUUCUGGUUCAGCUUUCAGGGUCGCUGCUACAAGUACUUUGGCUCAAGAGUGACCUGGGGAGAAGCAGAGCUCCAGUGUGUGUCAGAGGGAGCCAACCUGGUUUCCAUCCACAGUCUACCUGAACACAAUUUUGUCAAUUUGCUGAUCAAGAACUUUGAUCCCACUCAGUCAUGGACCUGGAUUGGACUCACUGAUAUUCAUAAGGAAGGAGGAUGGAUGUGGUCCGAUGGGUCUAAGUACAAAUUUUCCAUUUGGCAUCCUAGACAGCCAGACAAUGCUGGUGGAAAUGAACACUGUGGACACACCAACUUUGGAAGCAGUUUUUACUGGAAUGAUCAUGUGUGCUCAAAUAGAUUUGCUUUUGUGUGUGCAGCUCGCACAGUUUGUCCCUAAACACAAAACAAUUAAAAAGAAAAAUAAUCUUAAUUGCAUUACAUUUCUUGCUGAUUUUUUUUUAGAUUCAACCUCAAUGUAAAGGGGAAAAAAUGGAAAGGUGCACCCAGAUGCAGGUGAAAUGUGCAGUAUUAGGUUGGCAUUAUAUUUUCCUAAGGAUUAUAUUAACCUCUUAAGAUUGGAUCUACCAGGCCUGCAUAGCUUUGAACGUUUUUUGUUCCCUAAUAUUUGCUUUGAUUUUCAUAAGCUGCUUGUUUAAUAAACUUUUGUUGAUUGAUUUUUAUCCUUGUUGUUUUGGUUGUUGA